GUUAUGGUAUGGAAUGCAGUCGCUUCAUGAGAGAAUGUGGAGUACGGCUAGCAUGUGCCAAAUAUGCAGUGUAUGGUAUCGAUUAUGAAGGACAUGGACGCUCUGAAGGUGCUCGUUGUUACAUAAAGAAGUUUGAUAACAUCGUUAACGAUUGUUAUGACUUUUUCAAGUCAAUUAGCGAGCUCCAAGAAUACAAGGGAAAGGCUAAGUUCUUGUAUGGAGAGUCAAUGGGAGGGGCUGUGAGCCUACUUUUACAUAAAAAGAACCCUUCAUUCUGGGACGGUGCGGUUCUUGUUGCACCCAUGUGUAAGAUAUCAGAGAAGGUGAAACCACACCCUGUGGUCAUCAACAUGUUGACUAAAGUAGAAGAUAUUAUACCAAAGUGGAAGAUAGUUCCCACAAAAGAUGUCAUCAAUUCAGCCUUCAAAGACCCUGCCAAACGUGAAAGGGUGAGGAAAAACACGUUGAUAUACCAAGACAAACCCAGAUUAAAAACAGCAUUAGAAAUGCUGAGAAUCAGCAUGAACCUUGAAGAAAACUUAUAUAAGGUGACCCUACCAUUUUUUGUAUUGCAUGGAGAAGCAGAUAGAGUGACAGACCCAGAAGUAAGCAGGGCAUUAUAUGAGCGAGCCAGUAGCCAGGAUAGGACUAUAAAGUUGUACCCAGGAAUGUGGCAUGGCUUAACAUCAGGGGAGCCUGAUGAGAACAUAGAAAAUGUCUUUGCAGACAUUAUAGCAUGGCUAGACAAGCACACCCAUAAUGCUGCUCAUGCAUCCUUACAACCAAUUGAGACUUAUAACUAUGGCAUUGGGAAAUUGACACCAAUUGCAUCACCAGCAAAGAUUGAACAACAAACAAACCGAAAAAGCUAUCUCUGUGGGUUGAAAGGAAGUCGCUUGCUCUACCACUCAGCAAUUUAGAUUGUAAUUUUAUUAUGGUAGGGAUUGUAAGCAUCUAGCUAUAUAUAAUGUUUUAGUGUGCCUAUCUUUCU